CCCGCCAAAAGAAUUUACGAAAUUACGCGUCCAUUUAUAUUGCUCGCCGUCUCGUGCAUUGACCGAGUUCUAGCCGCUGCAGCAGCAACAACAGCAACAGCAACAACAGCAACAGCAACAACGACAGCAACAACAUCAACAGCAACAACAUGGAUGCAGAGAAGCAGCAACAAGAACAACGCAACCAGGAAAAGGCCAUCGAAGCUGGCGCAAUGGGCAGAGUAUUAAAUAUAACAAAUCCAAAUCAGCAGAAGCUGGAACAACAACAGCAACAGGAGGCACAGCAAACGGAGAAGCAGCCGAAUGGAGAUGAUGUGGAAAGUACAGUGAAGCGUCGACAUGCGACAACCGUGCUGGAAGCAUGCAUACAUCUAUUCAAGGGCAGCGUCGGUGCGGGUCUCUUUGCCAUGGGCGAUUGCUUUAAAAAUGGCGGCUUAAUCGGCUCCACAUUGAUGCUACCCAUUAUAGCCAUCAUGUGUGUCCACUGCGAACGACUGCUCAUUAACGGCUCCAAGGUAGCCGUAUCUAAAACGCCAGGUGCCAUCUUCUACGACUAUCCGGAAACGGUGGAGAAGUGCUUCGAGUAUGGACCGCGACCUCUUCGGUGCAUGUCACGUGCCAUGAAGCUCAUUGUCGAAAUGUUUCUCUGUGUUACACAAUUUGGAUUUUGUGCCAUUUACUUUGUGUUUAUCACCGAAAAUCUUUACCAGGUUCUGCAACAGAAUGGCAUAGAUAUAAGCAUGAGCAUGGUAAUGCUAAUAACGCUGCUUCCGGCCAUGAUACCAUCGUUGAUGACGAACCUUAAGUAUAUAUCGCCAGUGUCGAUGGUAGCUAACUUUGCGCUGCUCUUUGGCCUAAUUGCCACACUUACGAUUGCCUUCUCCGAGGGACCGAUGCCAUCAAUUAGCGAACGUAGUUAUUUCACUGGUGGAACGCAACUAUCGCUAUUCUUUGGCACCGCUCUCUUCUCAUAUGAGGGCAUUGCAUUGGUUCUCCCUCUCCGCAAUUCGAUGGGAGAGCCGGCAAAAUUUACCCAUCGAUUUGGGGUACUCAAUGUAACCAUGUUCUUUAUCACAGCCAUAUUUAUAUUUACGGGAUUUGUAAGUUACCUGCGUUGGGGCGAUGAUGUUGAAGGUAGCAUUACUCUAAAUCUGGAAGUGGAGAAGGUCAUGUCGCAGGUCGUCAAAAUUAUAGCCGCUUUGGGCGUCUUCUUUGGAUAUCCAAUUCAGUUCUUUGUCAUGAUGAAAAUCAUUUGGCCCCCAGUCAAACGGGGCUACAGCUGUGCCCAAAAGUAUCCCAUCACCAUGCAGGUGAUGUUGCGAUUCAUCAUGGUCAUGUUGACCUUUGGUGUAGCUCUGGUCGUUCCUCAGCUGAGUCUAUUUAUCUCACUUAUCGGUGCAUUAUGCUCCACAUCACUGGCAUUUGUUAUACCAGUUCUCAUUGAUUUCGUAACUCGCACCCAGGAGCCCAAGGGCCUUGGCACCCUCAUCUAUCUGAAGAAUAUCGCUAUAUUGAUUAUUGCUCUGUUGGGAAUUGUCACAGGCACGUAUCAAAGUAUUGUUGAGAUUAUAAAUCAGUUUAAAGUUUAAAUUGAUCCAUGAGAUGUUCCUCUGCUUGCCAAGUAUUGUAUAUUGUAAAUAUGAUAUAAUCAUGUGAAUAGCUAGUAACUUUAUAUGGUCCUCGUACUUUAAGUUUAAUAUCUACACAAUGUUUUUUUUUUCAAUUUUUUGUUAUUAAUUUUAAGCUGUACCUGCCGUGCUUUUUUUGUAUGUGGCGAUAAUGUUUAAUUGUAAUGUGUUAUUUGGGCUUUCAAGAAAACGAAACAACGAUAUAAAA